AUGAGUGAUAACCCAUUUAAUAAUACAAUUUCAUCCUCCUUCAAUGAGCCAAGUCCUUCUCCUUCCACUCAGUUGAGAGAAGGUGCUGAGGAAGUGCUUUCAAAGGCAACCUCUUCGUUAAAAUAUUGUACUUUGUCAAUAGAAGAAACUGAAUCUAACUUACAAACAAAUUCCAAAACUGGUAUCUCUUCAUUUGAAGAUGCGAUCCAAAGAAGAAACAUCUAUGGGCCUAAUGAAAUCGUUCAAGAGGACGAUGAACCAAUUUGGAAAAAAUUCUUGAUGAAUUUUAUCGAAGAUCCUUUGAUUCUUUUAUUAUUCGGGUCUGCCAUAUUAUCUUUUCUAAUGGGUAAUAUUGAUGAUGCUAUAAGUAUUACCAUGGCCAUAUUAAUCGUGGUUACAGUAGGCUUUGUUCAAGAAUAUAGAUCGGAAAAAUCUUUGGAAGCUUUAAACAAAUUGGUGCCAAAUGAAUGCCACUUGAUUAGAGCAGGCCAAUCUUCGAACGUUUUAGCUUCACAAUUAGUUCCAGGUGAUUUAGUUCAUUUUAAAAUUGGUGACAGAAUUCCUGCAGAUUUAAGAAUUGUAGAAGCUAUUGAUUUAACAAUAGAUGAAAGUAAUUUAACAGGUGAAAAUGAGCCAGUUCAUAAAUACCCAAAUGCGAUUGAUAAAAAUAGUUAUUCUGACCAAGCUGCUUCAUUUAUUCCAAUGUCGGAUAGAACUUGUAUUGCUUACAUGGGUACUUUGGUGAGAGAAGGGCACGGUAAAGGUAUUGUGGUUGGUAUUGCUAAAGAUACUUCAUUUGGUGCUGUUUUUGAGAUGAUGAGUACUAUUGAAAAGCCUAAAACACCUCUACAGUUAUCUAUGGAUAAACUUGGUAAGGAUUUAUCUUUUUUCAGUUUCAUUAUUAUUGGUAUCAUCUGUCUGAUUGGUAUAAUUCAAGGCAGAUCAUGGUUAGAAAUGUUCCAAAUCUCUGUAUCCUUAGCUGUAGCAGCUAUUCCAGAAGGUUUACCUGUUAUUGUAACCGUUACUUUAGCUUUAGGUGUUUUAAGAAUGGCAAGACGUAAAGCCAUUGUUAAAAGACUACCAAGUGUUGAAACACUAGGAUCUGUAAAUGUCAUUUGCUCUGAUAAAACAGGUACAUUAACUUCGAACCAUAUGACUGUUUCUAAAAUUUGGUGUUUGGGGUCCAUGUCAAACAAAUCGAACAUUUUAUCAUUAGAAACAAAUAAGAAUGGUAAUUUUAAAAAUUAUUUGACAGAAGAUUUAAAACAAACUUUAACUGUAGCUAAUUUGUGUAAUAAUUCAUCAUUUUCUCAUGAGCAUGGUAAAUAUUUAGGUAACCCGACUGAUAUCGCACUAUUAGAACAAUUAUCAAAAUUUGAUUUAACAGAUAAUAGACAUUCCUUCACAAAAAUAGUAGAAAUUCCAUUUAAUUCAAAAAGAAAAUUUAUGGCGACGUUGCUAGAAGAUCCAAACUCUAAAAAUAAAAAAGUUUACGUUAAGGGUGCUUUUGAAAAGGUUUUGUCAUUCGCAGAUACUUUUAUAUCAAAAACAGGAAAAAUUGAAAAAUUAACAGAUGAUUACCGUUCUAUUAUAAUUGAUUGUGCAGAAAAUUUGGCUUCUGAAGGUUUACGUGUUUUAGCUUUUGCUAAAAGCGAUGUUCCAAAUGAUGUUAAUGACAUAAAGGAAAACUCAAUUCCAAGCUUGUCAUUUGCAGGUCUUAUUGCUAUGAAUGAUCCACCAAGACAAACUGUAAAGCCGGCUAUUGAGGAGCUUCAACAAGGUGGCGUUCAUAUUAUUAUGAUUACUGGUGAUUCUGAGAACACAGCUGUAAAUAUUGCAAGACAAAUCGGCAUUCCAGUUUAUAAUCCUGAACUUUCUGUAGUUUCAGGAGAUAAGCUAGAUGCUAUGACUGAUGAUCAAUUAGCAAAUAUUAUUGAUCACGUUAAUAUUUUUGCUCGUGCUACUCCUGAACAUAAACUAAACAUUGUCCGUGCAUUAAGAAAAAGAGGCGAUAUUGUGGCAAUGACUGGUGACGGUGUUAAUGAUGCCCCUGCACUUAAAUUGGCUGAUAUUGGUGUGGCAAUGGGAAAAAUGGGCACUGAUGUUGCUAAAGAAGCUUCAGAUAUGGUUUUGACUGAUGAUGAUUUUAGUACUAUUUUAACUGCUAUUGAAGAAGGGAAAGGUAUAUUUAAUAAUAUUCAAAACUUUAUAACAUUCCAGCUUUCUACAUCAAUCGCUGCAUUAUCUUUAAUUGCUCUAUCAACUGCAUUGAAAUUACCAAAUCCUCUUAAUGCUAUGCAAAUUUUAUGGAUUAAUAUUUUGAUGGAUGGUCCUCCUGCUCAGUCACUUGGUGUAGAACCUGUCGACCACGAAGUUAUGAGAAAACCUCCAAGGAACCGUUCAGAUAAAAUCCUAACUACAGAGGUUUUAAAACGUUUAUUAAUGACGGCAUCAUGCAUUAUCUUUGGGACUGUGUAUGUAUUUGUAAAAGAAAUGACAGAAGAUGGGCAAGUUACUGCAAGAGAUACAACUAUGACCUUUACCUGCUUCGUAUUUUUCGAUAUGUUUAAUGCAUUAGCUUGUAGACAUGCUUCAAAAUCAAUAUUAAAAAUAGGCUUCUUUACGAAUAAAAUGUUUAAUUAUGCGGUUGGUCUAUCUCUUCUAGGUCAAAUGUGUGCUAUAUACGUACCAUUUUUUCAAAGAAUUUUUAAAACAGAAUCAUUGGGUCUAAAUGAUUUAUUAUUAUUAUUGAUAAUUAGUAGUUCAGUUUUAAUUGCCGAUGAGCUAAGAAAGGCAUGGCUUAAGAGGAAAUCUAUUGAUGACCCAAUGUAUUAUUCAAAUGUCUAA